AGUUCACAUCCAAAACUGCGACGACGGAUAGUUGGCUGGCCAACACGUCUAACUCCGUGUCUUUUUCUCCAAUCGCGCCUUCGAAAGCCACCCAUUCACGAUUCUCUCUGGUCCCCCGGACAAGUCCUGCUUCAACCACUCCGGCAUGAUCCUUGCAGCACGCGUCAACGGCGAUUGGACACAUGAACUCAACGCAUACACGCGUAACGAACAGGAUCCAUCUGUCUGCGUAUCAGAGAAGCAAAGUGGUGGCGAGCGGAGCUGCGUACCCAUACACGUCAUGAUUGAUGGCCCAUAUGGCGGUUCGAGUGUUGACCUUGGACAGUACGAGACGGUGCUGUUGGUUGUGGGUGAAUCAGGAGCAACGUUUACGCUUGGGCUUCUGGGCGACACCGUCUUUAGAUAUAUCGAUACUGGCCGCCGUCACGCCGAACGAACAAGAAGGAUCGAAUCCGCAUGGUAUAUCAGAUCGUUUGGUGAAUGUUGCCCUGAUUCUCGGAUCCGAAUCGACCUUCUCUGAUUCUGACUCUCGUGGCGUUGUUUUUUUUAGGUCACAUCGCAUGGUUCGCAGAGAUGCUGACAGAGAUCGUCAUCCUCGCUACGGGAACCGCCUUCGAUAUCCAUUUCUCCAUCUUCGUCACAUGCUUGUGUGACCGCGAAGCUGUACCAUUCAUCCCCAACAGCGACGUCAAACUGGACCGUCCUACCUCUAUAUACACUUUUCUGUGAAACCACCGGACUUUCGCGACCCUCUUCUCUCGAAUCCGCUGAAAUGGAAGGGGAUAAACCGUUCAGCGCAGUACAGCCGCACGCCGGAGGUGGCAUCGUAGUGUGUGCGAGUGGGCCGGAGAGUCUGGUCGUUGAAACGAGGAAUGCGGUCGCGAGGUUGGGUGUUGGGAACGCUUUGAAGUUGGGUGGGGUUGUCGUGCAUGUAGAGAGCUUUGCGCUGUAAAUUGGGACCCAGGUUUGUAUGUAUGAAGAUG